GUUAAUACAAGUGACACGAGUUCAGUAACGCAGGAGUUAACCGCCGGAUACGAGACCAUUACCACCUCGCUCAAAACUCAAUAUAACCAAAAAAUGAACGAGCUGUUCGCUGACCAUGGCAAAUUCUACGAACACGAUCACCUGGACACAUUGAACGACACUAUAAUCUACUCGUUAGUCAAUGAAUUAGCUGAGACAGACGUGGGCUCGGAUGCCGUGCCCAUUGAGCCCUACAGACAGGCGUUGGACACAUACGUGAGGGACAAGUAUCGGGGCUAUAGUGAGAUCAACCGUUUGCUGUGGAUUACAACCAUAUUGAAUAAUUUGGACAAACAAUACGAACACGAGUUGAACGCCUGGAUAGAGUCCGUGGGAACCGAUGCCGACGACGAGCACCGGUAUGUGGACGAGAGUCGACUCAUUCGCACCCGUAUUGUGUCGGAAAAUAGCCUCAUUUACGGCGAGCGUUUGGACCUCCAGGCGCUGAACGCCCGGUUUGACGCCACCCACGACCGCAUACGCCGAGCGCUCGUCGAGUCACCGUCCGGCCGGCACCGGGCUAUCGAUACUAUUGUCGAGCGGGCCAUACAGUUGUAUAAGCGAGAGAUGGACAGGGAUUCCGAAUACUGGCCGGGCAUACGGCCCGACCGGUUGGACGAGAUUAAUGAUGAGCUAAUGAUGGAGGCGGUGACCCGGUUCAGUACCGACCAUAGUCAUAUGUCUUUGGACACAUACACCGGCUUGGUUCGCAAUAAAUUACAACUGGCCUACGAUACUGUAAUGAGCGCCCCCUCCGGUCCGGCUGUUGACCUUCAUGUGAAAAGCGCAAACAUAUAUUUGGCGGAAAGAGUAAUCGAGUUAACCACGAAGAAAUAUCGGGAAAUAUUUGACCUGUCCGCUUUGGCCGACGGCAUAGGCAUCGAUGAAACACCCGUUACGAUCAAUGAGGAGUCUGUCCGUGAGUUUCUCCAAUUGGUGGCCGAUAUCGGGCGCCGACUCACAGACUGUCAGACAAUUGCAACCAAAAAGCGUAUACUUUAUGCAAAACUCAAGGAUUGCGACCAAAUUGUGGCCACAGAUGGACACCGAGUAGACGAACAGCGGUUAGAGUUGUUUAAAAUGAUCGACACUUUUAGGUUGAGAGACAAACUAAUCAUUGAAUAA